AACCCUCCGUCAUAGUAGAAUCGCAAUUUCUCCAGUGGAGAGCAGAAGACAAACCCGAGUUGGCAAAUCUAAUGCCCUGUACGCGGAGUGAUCGGUCAUUUCUGGGAGAGAGCUGAGACCAAAUCACGGGGCGUGGGCUCGGACGGAGCCCUGGCGGACAGAGCAUUGACUCUAUUAAAUUCACAUCAUUACUUUAGGAUUUAUUAGAAGUCUUCACAAUGAAUCGCAUAAGGUCGAGCGAUGAAACGCUUAUUGAAAUGGACCAAACUGCUUGGUCCAACGGAGAGGAAAACAAUGGCUUCCACAAGGGUUCUGUCUUGGAACAGGAUUCUCUUGAAAACAACAUGUCCACGCUGAGUGUUGUCUCUGAAUGCGCAAGCAUUGCUUCUGUGCGUUCGAGUCAAUCUUCAGUGAAUGGGUGUGAACAGUGCGAGAAAGAACACACUGAACCACAGCAGCACCUCACCAGCUUUGUAGGGAUAUGGAGAAAGAGAGCUUUAUUUCUGAAGUAUCGCUCCAGGGUGGAUAAACAGCAGCAGAGCAAGGACUCUGUGUACUUCAGAGAUGGCGUACGGAGAAUAGAUUUUGUUCUUUCAUAUAUUGAGGACAAGGAUGGAGAGAAAAAACAGGAGCGGAGGAAGGAGUUUGAAGCUAACCUACAGAAAGCCGGACUUGACCUCGAGACGGAGGACAAAUCUGAGUCAGAAGAUGGAAAGACGUAUUUCCUGAAGAUCCACGUUCCCUGGGAGGUGCUGGCAACCUACGCAGAUGUUUUGAAAAUCAAAGUCCCUUUUAAAGCAAAUGAUAUUCCAGAAAAGAAAGAAGUGCCCUUGAGCUGGCUUUUUACACCUCUCCGUCUCCCUGAACAUAUAAUGCGUCCAGAGCCGGAUUACUUCACCGCCACGUUCGACAAGAGCAAGAUCGACUUUUUUCUCCUCGAAGAUAAGGACACAUUCUUUCCUCCGUCCACACGCAACAGAAUUGUAUAUUAUAUCCUUUCCCGAUGUCCAUACAGUAAAGAGGAAAUAGACAAAAAGGGAAUUAAAAGGCUUAUAAACAAUGGCACGUACACUGCGGCCUUUCCUCUACAUGAUUGUAGGUACUGGACCGGGUCUCGAGAUCCAAACUGUGAAAGUGAACGCUACGACCUGUACAAACACUGGGCUCGUUUCAGCUGCUUUUACAAGGAACAGCCACUCCAUCUCAUACGAAAAUACUAUGGAGAGAAGAUCGGCAUUUACUUUGCCUGGUUGGGCUUCUACACAGAGAUGCUGUUUUACGCUGCAGUUGUUGGUUCGCUCUGUUUCAUCUACGGUUUGGCCACAUUUAACGAAAAUGCCUGGAGUAGGGAGAUCUGCAAUGAAACCAUCGGUGGACAGAUCAUCAUGUGUCCUUUGUGUGAUAAAAAAUGUGGCUACUGGAAGCUCAAUUCAACCUGUAGCUCCUCAUGGCAAUCUUAUAUGUUUGACAACACAGCCACAGUGUUCUUUGCGAUAUUCAUGGGAAUAUGGGUGACACUUUUCUUGGAGUUCUGGAAGCGACGUCAGGCCCGGUUGGAGUACGAGUGGGAUCUGGUGGACAUGGAGGAAGAACAACAACACCUGCAGCUCAGACCCGAAUAUGAGAUUAAAUGCAAAAACCGCCGCAUCAACCAUGUCACUAAAGAACACGAGUGGGAUCUAGGGCACAAAGCAGCUGAUAAAGCAGGCAGGUUCAUCCUGUGCUGGGCCACAGUUCUCUUAUGGAUCUCUCUGAUUAUCGCCAGUAUAAUCGGGGUGAUCGCGUACCGCCUGGCCGUGUUUGCUGCCUUUGCCAGCAUUAUGAAGGAAAGUCCCACCAAUAAGCUGGAAGUGAUAGGAACGCUGAUCACACCUCAGUUUGCCACAUCUGUAACCGCUUCCUGUAUCAACUUUGUCAUCAUCAUGAUUCUGAACUACCUCUAUGAGCGUGUGGCCAUCUGGAUUACAGAUUUGGAGGUUCCGAAAACUCACUUGGAGUACGAGAACAGACUGACGGUGAAGAUGUUCCUCUUUCAGUUUGUCAACUACUAUUCAUCCUGUUUCUACGUUGCCUUCUUCAAGGGCAAAUUUGUGGGUUACCCGGGCGAAUAUGCCUACAUGUUUAGCAAAUACAGCGGGCUGAGAAAUGAGGAGUGUGAGCCAGGUGGUUGUCUGAUUGAGUUAACCACUCAGUUAGUAAUAGUUAUGGCAGGGAAACAGGUGUGGGGCAACAUACAGGAAGCUCUUGUACCUUGGUUGCGUAACUGGUGGGUGAGCAGGAAUGCUCGAAAUCAUCCAGAGAGUCUGUACAGCCGUUGGGAACAGGAUAAUGACCUCCAGUCCUUCUGUCAGCUUGGCCUUUUCUAUGAGUAUCUGGAGAUGGUUAUUCAGUUUGGCUUCAUCACCCUGUUUGUGGCCUCUUUUCCUCUGGCUCCUCUUCUGGCUCUCCUUAAUAACAUGCUGGAGGUGCGAGUUGAUGCUUGGAAAUUCACCACUCAGUUUCGCAGGCCCGUGGCAGCUAAAGCUCACAGCAUCGGUGCAUGGGAGGAGAUUCUGAACAUGAUCGCUGUUUUCUCUGUGGUCACCAAUGCAUUCAUCGUAUCCUUCACGUCAGACAUGAUCCCACGGCUGGUGUAUCUGUACGCAUAUUCCCCGGGAGACGGGCUCACUAUGGAAGGAUACAUCAGCAACAGCCUCUCUGUCUUCAACAUCUCAGCGUUCAGACCGGAAAACAAACCAGAUGACGACGAAAAUCCAGAAUGGUUCAACAGCACCUACAUGACUACCUGCAGGUACCGUGAUUACCGCUACCCUCCAGGACAUGAGAAACAAUACAUGCACACCAUGCAGUUUUGGCACAUUCUAGCUGCCAAAUUCGCAUUUAUCAUCAUCAUGGAGCAUGUGGUGUUUGUGGUGAAGUUCUUCGUGGCCUGGCUGAUUCCUGAUGUACCCUCAGAAGUGACGGCUCGUAUAAAGCGUGAGCGAUACCUGAUCCAGGAGUACCUACACGACUAUGAACUGGAGAAACUUAAAAUCCAGCUCAGCCAGAAUCAACAGAGUCAUGUAGAGCAGUGCACGUGUCCCACCACAGACGCCCCACCUAUGAGACUCGAGGUGCUUUCUGACUGUAUGACCUAACACACAACCUCUCUGUUCUAUGAUGGCAAAUGAGUGUUUUACUUGCAAAUGAUAUAAAGCGCUCCAAAUUGAUUUCAACACACACUCUCUAAACACCGCUAGUCCUUAAUACCAUACGGUAAAUACACAACAUACCUUGGGCUCAGUAGUUUUACGCUGUGUUGACCUUUUCAGUCAUGCGACCUCCAAGAGGAGAAAGGGCUCCCUUUCAGAACCAAGUCUUUCCUGUACGGAUUGUUGAUCUGAGAUCUCAUUAUGCAAAACCAGUAGAUUACUGUAAUUCAGAAACAGUAGGGUCUUAUUACCGUAGCAUUGAAUUGUUUCAUAAUUUAAAAUAUAAUUUAUAUAUUUAUUUGACUUUUAAGGUGAAAUAUAAACUUGGACAUGUCGGGUUUCAUAGGAUUCAGCUUUAAAGAAUCGAAUCAGUCAUUUCUGAACUGUUUAAAACUGUUCUGUCCUGUAUGCCUUUAAGCAACCAAAGCUAAAAUGCCUUAAAACAUUAUUACAUCUGCAUGAAUGCUUGACUUUUACAAUAGUUUAAGAAUGAAACAUAAAUAUUUAGCGGAGGAUUAAACAUUUCUGUCUACGUUAUGUUCAGACUUUAUGUACAAUGUAAAAAUUAGGUUUUCAAGAAAAAUCCAUUUUAAAGUUAUUACCUAUUUCAUACCUUAAUUCAACAUCCAUGUGAUUUCUCUCUCGACCUGUUAGCCUCCUCCCUCAUAAAAGGUUAAAGGUUCGGCCCUCUCUGAACAGUUUUUACCACUAGGGGUUGUUAGAUCUAAGCUUGUAAAAUGAAGGUAAAAACAUAUUUAAAUACACAAUAGAGGCACGAGUUCAGCUGUAACUUGUUUGCUAAUAAUGCAGUCUAUGCAGAAUGAUACUUUCACCAGUAAUGAAAAUAAUCAUACCAUCAUUCAUCUGAUUUCCAUGUUGUUCUCUGUUCAUGUCUCCUAUAUAACACUCAAAAAAUAGUUUAGGAAUUAAAUCUUCUAUUGUGAAGAAAAUUUAAGGCUGUUAGUAGACUUAUGUUAUGUUAGGACAACAUAUUUUUUGUACAUUUUGUCAUAUUUUCCUUAAAAUUCUCAUCCCCAUAAUGAAAAAAAUAUAUAGAUUGCUAGAAUAUGAUUUUAAGUUAUCACAUAUUUGGUGAAUUCUUUUUUUUAUUAAUGUUUUUAAAAAAUGAAGAUCUGUCUCUUAGCAGUAUUAAUUCACAGCUUUAUGCAGCAUCUAUGCUGAUUAUGUGAGAAUAUAUCUUAUAAUGCCCGAUUGAUUUGUUUCUGCUUGAAAUAAAAUGCAAAAUGAAGGUCUAUAGCAAAUACUGUAUGCACACUACAUGUUAUAAUCACUAUUUUGACCGCUUGUCUGUGUUGAUGGAAUCAGCACUUUGAAUGAUUCACAGGAAAUAUAUAUAUUUUCAAAGCCAAAGUACUUCCUGUGAUUUGAAAUGGGAAAUUAAGCUGAUAUGCAUAUGAUGUGCCUUUGUUUCUCUCAGUCGGUCAUUUAUUUGACCUUCCUUUUCAUUUCAUUUACUGUGUUGUCCUGUUGAGAGAAGGACAAAGUCACUGUGAUCUUUUUUUGCACAAAGCACUUGUUAAAGGAGUCAUUUGUGUCAUUACAAUCCUCAGUAUUUCUUGUGAAAUUAUGCGUUUAUGCUGACUGGGUAUUUCGUGAGCUAAUUUGAUCAUACCUUUGUCACUUCUUUAAAUUCAUAAAAUAUUUUGCAUGAAAAGUUAUCAUGAGGACCAUAAACAGUUAGGAUUGGUAUAUGCAGUGAUGGAAAACGUAUUUACUCUUAUUUGUGACUUGAACAUUUAAAUUGUAAAUCAUAAUUUGUCUGUAAAUAUUUUUCCAUCUCUGGUUCUGUAUGGAAAAUUGAAUUACUGUUUCCUCAUUUCAAGAACUGUUAUUUAUAGAAAUGUAUGCUGUCUGAAUAAUUCAUUGAUCUAUGUGACAGUCUGCAAGCUGUGCUAACAGCUAAAUAAGCCAUCUUUCAAUAAAACAUUUCAUCUCACUUUAACAUUUCAUUUAGAUGUUAAAGAUCUUAAGGUCUUCUUGAUGAUGAAAAACCUUUUUAUGUUAUUUUUUCUUUUUUAGAGUUGUUCAUCUCUCUAUUUUUAAUUGAUUUAUUGUUUUUUAUCCAUGUAUUUAAAUUUGUGUGUGUUAUUUUUCUCUGCAUUUUUUUUCUCAGAAAUGUACUCAAUCUUUCAUACUUUAAGCAACACAUUGCCACCCAAAUAAACUAUUAAA